UCUCUCAUUUCCCCAAGGGACCUUUAAAAUGUUUCAUCAACACCCCUUAAACGCCACCCCUUUUUCUGCCACCCUUUCCCGUUCUACUCCACUAGCCACUUUCCCCCUCAGCUCAACUCCUAAAACCCUCUCUCCCUCUCCCUCUCUCUCUCUCUCUCAGCUCAACUCCUUAAACCCUCUCUCUCUCUCUCUCUCUCUCUCUCUCUCUCUCACCUUCAAUCACCUAUUAGAUGUAGUGAAUCAUCUAUAUAUAUGUACUGAAAAUCUGCACUUCACUGUGUGAUAAUCUGCGAAAAUGAGCACGGUCGAUAAGAUGCUCAUAAAGGGCAUACGGAGCUUCGAUCCGGAGAACAAGAACGUCAUCACCUUCUUCCGCCCCCUAACCCUAAUCGUCGGUCCCAACGGCGCCGGAAAAACUACUAUUAUUGAGUGCUUGAAGCUCUCUUGCACUGGCGAGUUGCCCCCAAAUGCGCGGUCUGGUCACAGCUUCGUCCAUGACCCUAAGGUUGCAGGGGAGACAGAGACAAAGGGACAGAUAAAGCUCCGGUUUAAGACCGCCGCGGGGAAGGAUGUUGUGUGUAUAAGAUCAUUUCAGCUGACUCAGAAGGCAUCAAAGAUGGAGUACAAGGCAAUUGAGAGUGUGCUUCAGACAAUUAACCCCCAUACUGGAGAGAAAGUUUGUCUAAGCUAUAGAUGUGCUGACAUGGAUCGGGAAAUCCCUGCUCUUAUGGGUGUUUCAAAGGCUAUUCUUGAAAAUGUUAUUUUUGUGCAUCAAGAUGAGGCCAAUUGGCCAUUGCAAGAUCCUUCUACCUUGAAAAAGAAGUUUGAUGAUAUCUUCUCUGCUACUAGGUAUACAAAAGCACUAGAGGUAAUUAAAAAGCUUCACAAGGAGCAGGCUCAAGAGAUAAAGACAUACAAACUGAAGUUGGAGAAUCUUCAAACUUUGAAAGAUGCGGCUUACAAGCUUCGGGAAGGCAUAUCUCAGGACCAAGAGAAAACAGAAGUAUUACAAGGUCAAUUGCAGGAUCUGGAAAGAAACAUCCAAACUAUGGAUGCUAAGAUCCAGCACAAUGAAGCAACAUUAAAAGAUUUGCGAAAACUUGAGAAACAGAAAAUGUCCAAGACUGAUGUGAGAAGCACUUUGUACAAGGUGAAGGAGGAACAACAUGCGAAUCUUGCUGAGGAGAAUGAAGACACUGAUGAAGAGUUGAAGGAGUGGAAAACCAAGUUUGAUGAAAGGAUUGCAAUGUUGGAAUCUAAAAGCAGCAAGCUGGAGAGGGAAAAGGACGACUUAGCAGCAAGAAGUUCAUUGCUUAACAUUGCAAUUAAGGAAUCAAUCAAGGAGAUCAGCAAGCUUCAAACUGAAGCUGAAGCUCAUGUCUCAUUGAAGAAUGAAAGAGAUUCACUGAUUCAAAAGCUUUUUGCGAGACACAAUUUAGGGUCCCUUCCGAGCACCCCAUUCAGCAAUGAAGUUGCUAUGAACUUCUCAAAUCGAAUAAAAUCGAGGUUCAUGGAUCUUGAGAAGGACUUGGAAGAGAAAAAGAAAUCAAAUGAAUUGAAACUUAAGGUAGCAUGGGAUCGCUUCAUGAAUGCGAAUGAUCGUUGGAAAGACACUGAGGCUCAGAAACAGGCUAAAGUAGAGAUCAAGAAAGGUAUUUUGAAACGUAUUGAAGAGAAGGAACGCGAACGUGAUUCAUAUGAACUCCAUGUUUCUAACAUGAAUCUGGCUCACAUUGAUGAGAGAGAUAAGAACAUGCAAAAUGAAAUUGAGAGAAAGACAAACCAACUUGCUGGAAGAGAAUUUGAAUCAAAUAUACUCCAAAAGCAGAAUGAGCUCUUCACCGUUGAGCAAAAAAUUAAAGCUCUUAGUCGCGAGAAAGACAUCAUGGAUGCUGAUUCUGAGGACAGAGUUCUGCUGUCUUUUAAGAAGUCAGAGGUUGAAACUUCCAAGAAAAAGCAUAAAAAGAUAAUGGAUGAAAUCAGAGAUAGAGUUAAAGGAGUGCUAAAAGGAAGGCUUCCUCCUGAUAAGGAUUUGAAAAACGAAAUUGGAAAAGCCCUAAGGGCUCUUGGAAUGGAGUUUGAUGACUUAAACUCAAAAUCCCGUGAAUCUGAGAAGGAGGUGAAUAUGUUGCAAAUGAAAAUACAAGAAGUCAAUAAUAACCUGACCAAACUUCACAAGGAUAUGGACUCUAGAAAGAGAUUUAUUGAAUCGAGAGUUCAGUCCUUGGAUCCGCAGGCUAUUAUUGACUCUUAUCUUCAAGUUUUGGAUUUGGCUAAAGAGAAAAGAGAUAUGCAGAAAAGCAAAUACAACAUCGCUGAUGGUAUGCGGCAGAUGUUUGAUCCUUUUGAAAGAGUUGCUCGUGCUCAUCAUAUUUGUCCAUGCUGUGAGCGCCCUUUCUCUGCUGAAGAGGAAGAUGACUUCGUUAAAAAGCAAAGGGUGAAGGCUACAAGUUCUGCAGAGCAUAUAAAAGUAUUGGCUGUGGAGUCUUCAAAUGCUGAUUCCUCCUUCCAACAGUUAGACAAGCUUCGUGUGGUGUACGAAGAGUAUGCUAAAAUUGGCAAUGAAACAAUUCCUCUUGCUGAGAAAAAAUUGAUUGAACUAAAUGAGGAGUUGGAUAAAAAAUCUAUGGCACUCGAUGAUGUGUUAGGUGUUUUGGCUCAAAUAAAGGCUGAUAAAGACUCCGUUGAGGCCUUGGUGCCACCUGUAGAAAAUGUUGACAGGCUUUACCAAGAAAUACAGGCUCUGCAAAAGCAAGUUGAUGAUUUGGAGUAUAAGCUUGAUUUUCGGGGGCAAGGCGUGAAGUCUAAGGAGGAAAUUCAGCUGGAGCUGAACACUUUACAGAGCACAAAGGACAGUUUACAUAAUGAUCUGGAAAAGUUAAGAGAUGAGCGCAGGGACAUGGAAAAUGACCUGUCAAAUAUCCGAUUACGGUGGCAUCGCCUGAGGGAGGAUAAGGUGGAAGCAGCUAAACAAUUGUCCAAUGUGAAAAUGGCAGAGGAUGAGUUGGAUCGUCUGUCAGAGGAGAAAAGUCAAGUCGAUCUUGAUGAGAAGCAUUUGGCAGAGGCUCUUGGCCCUUUAUCCAAUGAGAAAGAAAAAUGGCUUGGUGACUACAAUGAUUUGAAAGGCAAACUCAAUAGUGAUUAUGAGGAACAGGCUGAGGUUAGAAGAAAUUAUCAGCAGGGAGUUGAAACGCUUCUUGGACUGACGUCUAAGAUCAAAGAGUACUAUGAUUCAAGAAAAGGAGAUAGGCUGAAGGAACUGCAAGAAAAACAAACUUUAUCGGAAUCUGAACUUGGAAGUUGUGAGAUAAGGAAGCAGGAAAUUGUGGCCGAGCUGGACAGAAGUAAGGAAUUGAUACAGAAACAAGUUGAGGUAAAACGCAAUAUCGAGGACAACUUGAAGUAUAGGAAAACGAGGGAUGAAAUAGAUGAGCUCACUCGUGAGAUAGAAUCACUUGAAGAAAAAAUGAUGAAGAUUGGUGGGGUUUCCACCAUUGAAGCGGAUCUGGUAAAGCUCACUCAAGAAAGAGACAGACUUCUUUCAGAGUUAAACAGGUGCAAAGGUACAAUGUCUGUAUAUCAGAGCAAUGUUUCUAAGAAUAAAGUUGAUCUUAAACAAGCACAAUACAAGGACAUUGACAAACGGUAUUAUGAUCAGCUAAUCCAGCUCAAGACAACUGAGAUGGCAAACAAGGACCUGGACAGAUAUUACAAUGCCCUUGACAAAGCACUCAUGCGCUUCCACACAAUGAAAAUGGAAGAAAUCAAUAAGAUUAUAAGGGAGUUGUGGCAGCAAACGUACAGGGGACAGGAUAUAGAUUACAUAUUCAUUCAUUCAGAUUCAGAAGGUGCUGGGACUCGAUCUUACAGCUACAGGGUCCUAAUGCAAACUGGCAAUGCAGAGCUAGAAAUGCGAGGCAGGUGUAGUGCUGGCCAAAAGGUCCUCGCUUCACUAAUUAUACGGUUGGCAUUGGCCGAGACUUUUUGCCUCAACUGUGGAAUACUUGCACUUGAUGAACCAACUACAAACUUAGAUGGCCCCAAUGCUGAGAGUUUGGCUGCAGCUCUUCUGAGAAUCAUGGAGGAUAGAAAAGGCCAAGAAAAUUUUCAACUGAUAGUUAUUACUCACGAUGAGCGAUUCGCUCAACUUAUUGGUCAACGGCAGCAUGCAGAAAGAUAUUAUCGAGUCACGAAAGAUGACCAUCAGCACAGCAUAAUCGAAGCCCAGGAAAUAUUCGAGUGAAGUCCAUCACAUGAUUUUGACACAAUGGAGGUCGUUAAUCGUUGAGAGCAGCAGCGCGACAGUUCCAAGAAGCUGUCGACAUUGACGUUUUGUUGUAUCCUGAAAGUAACUAUUGCAAGUGUUUUCAUUUUCUUUCUACUCAUGUUUUCUUUUGUUUUCCUGUUUUAUACUUUUGGCUCUUUCGAAUUUGGUCUUUGUGAGUUGGUUUCCAGUCCUCUGAUGUAUAGCCAGAUUCUUGAUUAAACGUAUCUGGAAUUAUCAAGGACCUGAGCCAGUUAACUUGUACUAUAAUGUUUACGAUGUUACUAGUUAUGCUGAAUGUUUUCUUUUUAUGCCUAA